AUCAGUGACAAUUUGAACAUCACUACGCAGUGGUGGUGUGGGUCGCAGUCCACGUGCGCGUGCUGAACUUAAAGUGCCCUAUGUCAACAUUAUGCUGCAUAACUUCGCAAGGCUUUGAGCCAGAAUGAUUUCGAUCAUAUGCCGGCCAUAUUUCGUUGCAAAGACUUAUUGCAAACGAAAAAUUAAUAUUUUUGCGCCCGGGUGGUCGGGGAUCUCAGGGCUGUGCUGUAUUUAAUUUCGCACACACUUGCCGAGUAAAAAUGUUAAUGUCAGUUUGGUGCCUACUGUAAAUAAAGUGCCUGUGACUAAGCUACGCUAACACCGAAACACAAAAAUGUCAUAAUUUAAGUUUUAUACAAAAGAAAAAAAUGUCAGUGUGUCGUGAACCAGAGGAACGGGAAAUCCGUAAACCCAAUUAAUGUGACGCAGUAAAAUUUGUAAAUUUUCGGAAGUGCCAUAAGAUAGUAUAUUAAGAUUUAUUCUUUAAAUAGCUAACAUUAAAAGGGCUUUUAAAAGCAGUGUUCGUUGCAAAAAGCCCAAGAAGAACAACUUAGAAAUAUAUGAUUUAACCGGGUUCUAUAAGACAAAGGAUGGCUUUGACAAAUAUACAAGAAAGGCGCCAACACCCGUUUUCAUAUUGAACGUGAUUAGACAUCAUAAAAAGUGGAGACCGCCGAUAUGCCGACAUGCCGCCCCCUGGAGAAGACCAGUCGAAUGAGAAGUAUUACUCCGAUUUAGAGAUGAUCAAGCAACUUCAGAUUAUAAAAAGUCAAUUAUUCAGUCAAGGCCACUACGUUAGCAUGACCGACAUUGAUUCAAGCUCUCAACAGCAACAACACCUUCAGAACGAUCGAAGGCUGCAGGCCGGAGACUGCGUUCGAGAAUUGCACAAUCAACUGAGCAGCCAGUUUGGAGCACGAUUCGCAGCACCAAGCUCCCAUCACCAGCAGCAGCAAGAAGUUUCCGUAACAUCCGGAGGCUUGAUACCAUUCCUUCCGGCCUUCCUACAACCCCCAAUGCCAGCACAACAGCUUCUACAUCUCAUUCCUGGCCAAGUGAGUUCCCAAACUGCCGGCCACCUAAGUCAAAGUCAAGUAACUAUGCAAAAUGAGCCCUCCAGCGCACAAAAAAUGGCGUUAGCCCCCAUGUGGUCCACUGCAGCGGUGGCGGCUGCGCAUAUUCAGGCCGCUCUGGCAGCUGCUGCUGUAGCAGCUGUAAAUAAUAGUAAAUCGAACAACAAUUGUUCAAAUAACAACAAUAUACUCGCUACACCGACCAGUUUUAAUAAACCAUCGAGCGCAGAUUCCUCGGCUUAUCUCCCGUUCAUGGAGAUUGGAGAAUUCAGAAGAGCCGGAAAUGGGGGAGCUUGCUUAUCAAGGCCAGAGAGUCCAGCAUACGAGAACACACCUUACGAAAUCCUUUCCUAUAGCCAUAAUACACCCCCGGAGUCCCCACAUGGUCGGCAAUGCGAAAACUCGAAAAACUUUUCACCACCGCCGGUCGAUAACCAUAGUAUGGCAAGCUUAUCUGAGGCCCAAGAGUCUGAAAUGGAUGCUCCUCUGAAUCUCACCAAGCCAAAGAGAUCCCCCAGCUCUUCGCCCAACAGCUCCAAUCAAAAGGAUCAAAGUGAAAGCCUUACUCCUGUCGUAUCCAGUCCACCUCUGAGCUGGCACCAUGGGCAACAUCAAUAUGGUGAUAUAGAGUCGCCUCUUAUAAAGAGUCAUGGCAGAAUAUGGAGCACAACCGCUGCUGAUUCUGUUGGAUCGAGAACAACUCGAAUGAGCCGAGACUCGGUUAAUAGUUGUGGUACAAACUCAGAAAGAUCGGCGGCACUGGACCCAGACAUUAUCAACACAGGAGGAGGACCACUUGGCCCAUCGUCCCACGGAUUGAGGCAGGGAAACGGCCAUGUUCAUGGGAACGCUCAUGGCCAUAGCCAUGGGCACGGGCACAGCAAGCCGCACAUCAAGAGGCCCAUGAAUGCGUUUAUGGUGUGGGCGAAAGACGAGCGAAGAAAGAUAUUGAAGGCCUGCCCGGACAUGCACAACUCGAAUAUAUCUAAAAUUCUGGGCGCUCGCUGGAAAGCAAUGUCGAAUACCGACAAGCAGCCCUACUAUGAGGAACAGUCUCGGCUAUCAAAACUUCACAUGGAACAGCAUCCAGAUUACCGGUAUCGACCACGACCCAAGCGGACCUGCAUCGUGGAUGGUAAAAAGAUGCGUAUUUCUGAAUACAAAGUUCUGAUGCGUAAUCGGCGGGCCGAAAUGAGACAAUUGUGGUGCCGUACAGGAGGGGUCAGUGGUGGUUUGGCAAAUAGGUGCACUGACACCUGUCCGAAGGGACAGGACGGAGGACCGAAUGCUCAGCCAGUCUCAGCCGCUGCAGCUGCUUUCCAUUUGCAAGAUAUGUCAGGAGGUAAAGCAGCAUCUACGGUUCAUGGAAGUGACUGUGGGCACACAACUUCACAUCAGUUCUUUUAUCCUCCGGAAAGCUUAUCCCCCUCUGGCUUUUCUUCCGAUGAUGUCGAGUUUGCAUCCCAACGCGAGAUGGAUGAUUAGAAACCACAAUCGCAAUAGUAACGCUGGCAAGACUUGUCUUUCCAGAUAACAUUUAAGAAAUAAUACCAAUAUAUACAGCUUUGUAAAUACAAGACAGCUAGAUUAGUUACGUUUGAUUAGCCAUUUAAGUUUCAGUUCAAGUGCCAUUAUAAAUAUAUAUAUAAUUAAUUUGUGAAAAUAUAGUUCUCGAGGCACUCGGUCUUGGGAACAUUGCAAUUUUUGUGCCAUUUAUGCACCAAUGCUGUAGCCAGAAAAAUAAGGCAUAAACAAAUAGUGGUAGUUAGUAUCGUUUAAUAUUGUAAAAUAUAUACUAUAUGCCUAAUUAGGUUCAUGUGUAAAUGUCAAAUUUGUAUGCGUCCAAAUACUCAAACGUAGUUGAAUAGAAAAAAUAGGUACAUACCUACAUAAAUAUAUCCACAGCUGUAGAUUUUCAUGAUUUCAAAUUAAAUAAAACGCCGAGUAGGCGUACUUGGUGAACACA